GCAUGAGACUGCCUGAUAUUUUUGUAAGGCUUGAAAUAGCAUUGCUCCCGCAAGCUCUUGGCAGCCGUCACGUCGUUCAAGGGCACUGCAUGAUUGCAAAUUAGCGAUGUUACGUCGAACGAAAAAUAUUAUGAAAACGCAGUGUUGUCUGCUUAUUUCGGCAUAUGUGUGUGUGCUGUGCUGCUGCAGUGAAGAUCCUGGAUACCGCCCCAAGGAUGGUUCAAACAACAUUGUGAAGAGGGUGAGAAAGCUACUGCAAGAAAAGGAAUAUAUUGCGGUAAGCCGUGGAAAAUACGUGGACGCGGAUUACCCCACGUGCGUGCGGUCUCAUGUCCAUGAUAUCACCAAAUCUGGAGCGAAACACGCCUUGAGCUAUUUUCCGCAGCAGGUAAAGGGAUCAAAAAUACAGAGAGAACGAAUUUACCGAAAAACGAAGUUUAAAGUUAAACAUGAGAUGCCACCACUGCUUGUCAUCGAAGCUUACAAACAUGCUCUUGUUACAAGCACUUCAAAGUCAAAAGAUCUUUCUCAUUUGGACUCUAGAGUAUCUGGACGCUACCAUAUUUUUCAUGCUGAAGAUAGUUGUUUUGUCGUUGGCACACAGCAACAAGUAAACUCACAAUGCUUACUCUGGAAGCGUACUGGCGUUGCAAGUCAAGAGAUCGCUGCAUGCAUGUUUGCCUACAUCAAAGAGUGUAGCCCAUAUAAAGGACAUGAAUUUGUGUACACGAAAGAAGCGUGCAAGUGAAGCAACAAGGCAUUCACUCUAUCCACAAUACACAAGCCAAGACUAUAGCAGAAGUUUUUUUUAUAUAUUCUUACGAUGGGGGCGUAGACACUAAGUUAUCCGGAUUCAGGUAAAUAAAGUUUGAAU